GACUACACCUCCAUUCUCCCCAUAACGGCAUUUCCUAAACCAGGGCACCACACCACACCACACCACACUACACCAUCGAACGAUGUCAUCAACAAACGCAGCGAAAUCAUGGCUGAAAUCCCUGACGCGAUACGUGAAAGCGCCAUGGAAGAUCACAGGGCCUUGCGCAUCCCCCGAGUACAAGUCCUCUGUUCCUAGGGCGCCGGAGUACCGCCCCUUCUGCCCCGCCACAAUCACUCACGAAGCCAUCAUUCCUUCCGCCAACCCCGACACCGUCUUCGACAUCAAGUACUUUCCUCGGGAUCAACGCCGCAACCGCCCCGCCAUCCGCCGCACCGUGCUCAAGAAAGCCGACGUUGAAAAAAUCAUGGCUGAGAAAUUCACCGCUUUUGACCCCGCCGAUUUCCCUCAACCCUACUUGACAGCUACCAUUGAAGAGGAUAUGAAUACUCACGGCGGCGGCUACACCAAAUAGGUACACCCAACACUACCAACUACGACUUAUAGCCUAAACACCACCAAGUACGGACCUGUAUGCAGUUCAUACCAUAAACGAGGCUUGAGUCCAAACUCUCUUCGGCGAGCGGGAGAAUCUUAGUGUUUUGUAUUAUUUUUUUCCAUUUUUUCCUAGGUCUUUGGCCUCAAUUAUUUUAUUAUUUGAGUUAUUUUGAGGUGAGAAUUCUGGUUUUCAGCCUCAUUUAUGGUACAGACUGCACCCAGGUCCGUACUACUUGGUGGUGUUCUGGCUAUAAGUCGUAGUUGGUGGUGUUGGGUGCAGCUGCUUUAUAAUUGAGCAUUGAGACCAAUUUUGCCUUUCUUUAAAGAUGAUGAUUAAUUCUCCACUCAUGUAUUGAGUACAUAUUUAUGAGAUGUAUUUGAUAUAUGUUUUAUGGGA